AUGACCAAUGGUUGGGACGAACUCUGCCGUCUCACCUCUGUCUCGUCUCUCGUCUGCGACUCGUCUACUAAUUCGCUUCGCGCAUUCGUAUUUAUGGACAUUUCCCCAAACUGGCACGGGUAUAUGGCGAACCGCUAUCCAUUGCUCCUCCGUGUCGUUAUUAAUUACUCCUCCGUGUCGUUAUUAAUUACUCCUCCAUGUCGCUAUCAUUACUCCACCAAGCCGCUAUUAAUUACUCCUCCGUGCCUCUAUCAUUACUCCUCCGUGCCUCUAUCAUUACUCCUCCGUGCCACUAUCAUUACUCCUCCGUGCCACUAUCAAUUAAUUCUCCAUGCCACUAUCCAUUACUUCUCCGUGCCGGCAUCCAUUACUCCUCCGUACCGCCAUUCAUUACUCCUCCGUGCCGCUAACUAUUGCUCCUCCGUACCGCUAUUAAUUACUCUUCCGUGCCGCUAUCAUUACUACACCGUCCCGCUAUGCCAUUAUCAAUUACUUCUCCGUGCCACUAUCCAUUACCUCUACGUGCCGCUAUCAUUACUCAUCCGUGCUGCCAUCCAUUACUUCUCUGUACCACUAUCGAAUACGUACCGCUAUCCAUUACUUCUCCGUGCCGCCAUCCAUUGCUCCUCCGUGCCGCUAUUAAUUACUCCUCCGUGCCGCUAUCCAUUACUCCUCUAUGUCAUUAUCAAUUACUUCUCCUGCUGCUAUCCAUUACAUCUCAAUGCCGCCAUCCAUUACUCCUGCGUGCCGCUAUCCAUUACUCCUGCGUGCCGCUAUCCAUUACUCCUGCGUGCCGCUAUACAUUGCUCCUCCGUGCCGCAAUUAAUUACUCAUCCGUGCUGCUAUUCAUUACUUCUCCUUGCCGACAUCUAUUUCUCCUCCGUGCCGCUAUCCAUUUCUCCUCUGUGCCACUAUCAAUUAAUACUCCGUGCCACUAUCCAUUACCUCUCCGUGCCGCGAUCCAUUGCUCCUCCGUGCCGCGAUAAAUUGCUCCUCCGUUCCGUCAUCCAUUACUCCGCCGUGCCGCUAUCAUUACUCCACUGUGCCGCUAUCUAUUACUCUUCUGUGCCACUGUCAAUUACCUCUCCGUGCCACUUUCCAUUACUCCUCCGUGCCGCUAUUAAUUACUCCUCCGUGCCGCUAUCCUUUAUUCCACCGGGAGAUAUUGAAGAUAUCUAG